GCGUCCUGCUGACAACAAACACAAACACAAGGACGAUACAGAGCAGAGCACGGUCGUCUCCCCUACUCGAACUACUAUACAUGUUUGUGUCGCCGGGAGAACCGCACAAAGGACGGCUCGCUGGCUGGCAGACCGAGUACGUGCUACUCAAGUUCGGACCGAUGUGGAGCCCGCUGGGCGUUAGUAUCAUCCGGGCUGCCAUGGUGACGCCGUGAGGGGUAAGAGCGUCGUAUUUAGUGUGAAAUUUUGAUUUUUAGCGUUAAUCGAAACCAUGGGUUCCAGACUGAGCAGACAAAACAGUCUCGACAACGAGAAUUUCUCAAGGAGGCGACGGAAGCAUCUGGACAGCACCGGAGAGAGCGACCGCAGCGGAGACUUUUUGUUUACGUCGCUGAUGCUCCGGUCGGAUAAGCUGCCCGGGAUGCUGAGGAGAAGCAACCACAGCCCGUAUGUCCGGCGGGUCGCUUGGAUCCGGGAGAUGCAGAAGCUCCUCCGGGAGAGAAAGAUAGAAGAGGCGACGGACGUGCUUAAACUGUUGAGGAAGGACCUGGGAUUAGAGGGUACGUCACUCAACGAUAUCCUCUAUAAGAACGCAGCUUUCCUAAACCUGGUGGAUCCCAUAUCUCAUGAGCUCCUGCUGAGCCUGGCCAGAGACAUGCAGUGCCCAAAGAAGGAUUUGGAGACGCUGAAGUCUUCAGAUAAAAUCUGCAGACAGCUCAUCUACCACCUGACUCCGCACUCCAAGUGGCUCAGGAAAAGUAUGACCCGCAGAAAGGCCCAGGCCUGUCUUAAAACAACACUCCAGAAGAAGCUCUGCAGUGACUCAGUGGACCUCUCUGGCAUCCCUUUAUCAACUCGCGACAUACGGCAUGUGGCGUAUUACCUCCAGACCAGUGGGGGUGCUGUGAUAUCCGUGGAUCUUAGUUUCACUGAGCUCCGGGACGAGGGCCUACGUCUACUUCUGCCCUUCCUGGGUGCAUUGCCCAAACUCACAACACUGGCUCUCAAUGGGAACCGUCUGACCCUUGGCAUCCUUAAAGAUCUGACUGAAGCCUUCAAAGAAUCCAAGAGGUUCAGUUGUCUUGCUUGGAUUGACCUGGGCAACAAUGUGGACAUAUUUACCAUGCCACAGCCUCUACUGGUGGCCCUGCGGCGACGCUGUAGCCUAAAGAGCAGUUUGCCCACCAUCUAUGAGUACACCGAGGGUCAGCCCUACUGCUACCGCAUGGAGAGCUCCAUUGAAGAACCCAGCCACUAUGAAGAAGAGGACGAAGAUGACGAGGAGGACCUGGAGCCGUGGAGCAUUGGGGAACAGAAGAGCUCAGGUAGUUUCACCCUGCACCAUUGUGAAAGGUGAACCACAACGUCACCUGACGAUGGCAUAACGAAAGAAUGGGAGAGCGCAAAGCAAGACCUCUCUUUCUCCCAACUCACACCUUUUACCAUCUCCUUCCUCCACUACAGCUCCAUGACCUUAUGUGUGAACCAACAGCAUCACAUUUAAACACAGCAAACGGUGGAACAGAUUGGUUUGAAAGGCUGUAGAAGCUUCACCAUUGACUUACUGUGUUGGCAGACGACGCUCCUUGACUCAAGGUGGAGGUUCAUUGGAGGGGGCCGCUGAGCGUCAAGUGAAAGAUGCUUUCUUACGCCCCUCUUCAGUCACGAGGAACCAAUGACGGACAGGAAUAACAAUGUGAAUAAAAUAUCCCAGAGUUUGACACAGUCAGUGGACUGGCUGAUGCAUGCCAACGGCGGAUCUGAAGCUUUACUGACCCCGCUUUUGACUAAGGUUUGGUUAGGAAUUUGGUGGGGUCAGGUUUGGUCGUAUUUGUCAGUUUUGCAUUGCCGAGGCCGUCUCUGCUACAGCAGACUGAACCUAUCACCACUGUGUGUGUGUGCUCUACUAAUCUCCCAACAAAAGCCAUGAAACCAGCUCAACAGACUAUACAGCCGACCAACGUCACGUGACGCAAGCAAAACUGCUAUGUCAAGACUUUUGCAUUUUCCCCCCCUUUCCAAAACGUCCACUUGUGAAUACCCACGCACCACUUGUCAUGUAUUUGUGAACGAUGAUACAAAAAGGUAACACUGUCGAAUUGCCCUUUUGUUGUCUGCUAAUGAUGAACAAAGCUAUCUUACAAGACAACAGGUACAUUUCAACAAUAAUAAUACAUGUUUUGGGUUGUACACAAUUGAUAUCAGAAGGUUUUCUCAGCUUUUUUCUGUUUUGGGUCUAUACAUGUAAUAUACCUCUAUAUAUGUGUCAGUGUAUUGCUUUUCCAUUUGGAAUAGUCCAAGGAAACAUGGCGGCUACAUUUCUGUGUGGUGUAUUUUAAUAUCUCGAGCACAUUCUGGUGUUAAUUCUUCACGUCUAGUCAGCUUUAACUGAAACGCCACAUUCAACGACAGCAACCUGUUCUGUAACUCAAGGUUUCAGUAAAUCACGUCCAUUUUCAAAAGAAAUAAAUAAAUGGACCAAGAGAUAAAGAGCUAAUGAUUGUUCCAUGGCCUUCGGUUUUACCUGAGCACUUUAGUCCAUGUUUUCAUCAGGUUUGUGUAAGAAAAGCUUGUUGUAGCAUUGGCGUCUUUACCACGAAACAUCAUUCUGAAACAAAAACAAGCCAAACAAAUAGUUACUGUACUAACCAGCACUUGGUUAAAGUUCAGAUGAUCAAAUAGCUAUAUGUCAGUGUUAUUAAUGGUAUAUGUAUUCUUUUAAGUGUGUCAAUUGUGUGUGUGUGUUUGUUUAAUGUUAUCUUAAUGUUUUCUCAGUGUUGUGGUUGACUAUAUUAUAUGUAAUAUCCCACCACAGUCUUAUUUUUUAACCUUCCGAAAGUGAAUAUGACCUUCACUUGGGGUCAUUUGGUAGCUUUCAAGUCCCGUCUUUAAGUCUAAAUCAUUAGUUACCAGGCUUGUGAUGUUUAACCUGCGUAAUGCUGUGUAUUUGUUACUCAUGAACAGCAUAAUGGUGUCAGUUCCCACAACGCUAAGCAAACUAAUACGCUGGUUAUUAAUAGAGGGCAGCUUAUUUGUCAUGUUGUUUAUGUGUUAGUUUGAACGAGCUCUUGUCGGUGUCAUAUAACCUGUCUUCUUAAUCCGUGCUUCAAACCGUUUAUAAGACUGUUUAAUGCUUAUGUAAUAAACUGAUAUUGAUCAAA